AUCUUUUAUUCUCUAUUUUAAUUUAAAAAAAAACUUAACACGAAACAAUGGAAACCUUUAACUCUACUUUUCCUCCCAACAAUGUCAACCCUCGUUUCCAGAACGACGACAACGUGCCUCGAUCCACGGGAGCACAUACCAACGGUACCUAUGCAACGGGUGCUUCCAAUGCCGGUGCGCAUACGAGCACGUACCAUACCGAUCAUGCGGGUACAGAGACCCACCCUACGCAUGCCACAACGGGUGCUCAUGCCCUUCAGAACGAUCCUCCUCAUUCAAAAAUGGAAGGCAUCAAGACCGCUUUACAUGAUAUCAAGGAAAAUGUCAAGGGAACCUUACAACGAGAUCAUCAUCAUGGUCAGGAUUGUGCAAAGAGGCCUCAGGAUGGCAAAACAAAUCCCAUGGAAUAAUCAUUUUACUUCCUUUCUCUCUCUCUGAUUUAUCAUCCUCCCUUCUUAAAAAAAAAACUUGUAUUCGGGUUGGUUUUUUUUCUUUGGUUAAACAACAGCUUGUUUCAUGUUACUAAAAUAU